AGCUGUGCAAACACCGCCGCCGCUAUUUAAGGGGCCGCGGCGGAGCAGCCCCUGACAUCCCGCUUGGGUGCACGCCGGUCUCCCGCGGUCCUCCUCACUCCCGCCUCGGGGAAGGAAGGGAAGAAGGAAGCGAUGUACGGCGGGAUCUGCAUCUGCGUGCUCCUCGCCGCGCUGUCGGUGAGCUCCCUCGGCCAGCAGCCCGCGGGCUCACACGAUGGCAGCCCGCUGGUUGCCGAGCUCCAGCAGAGCCUGACAGAACCCCGCCGGCAUUCCCGCUCACCCUCCUCGGCGGGGCCGCUGAAGCCCGCACCGCGGCUGGACGGCAGCUUGGAGCAGAGGGCGACCAUCGGAGCGCUGCUGGCCAAGUAUCUGCAGCAAGCCCGGAAAGGUUCCACUGGGAGAUUCUCUGUCCUAGGAAACAGGGUACAGAGCAUUGAUCCCACACACAGGAUAAAUGACAGAGACUACAUGGGCUGGAUGGAUUUUGGACGCCGCAGUGCUGAAGAAUACGAGUACUCCUCCUAAAGAACAGCAAAUGAUAGCAACAGGAAAGAAAUCACACUCCCAUGUCUGUACAGAACGAGAAAAAUUAAUUUGUUGUCCUCUUUGAAUCAGUGUUUUAAACUAUAUCAUGUAUUUGAUGUAAAUUUGUCUGUAAGACAAUGCAAUACAUACAUAUGCAGAAUUUUCCAGGAAAAAUGUUUUCUUUCUUUUGUGGUUUCUCAUACGCCGAUAUUCUAUUAAAAUGGUUUCACUUA